UCCGCUUACAUCCUCAACCCGGAGCUGAACUCUCGAGGACAGGUUCUCUCUUCAUCCUCAUCCUCAACCCACGCCAAUAAAAGUCUGGGUAGUGUGUACUUCAAGCCAGUCUGGAUAAAGCAGCAGGUUCACAACUUGAGAAAAUAUUCUGAUAGUUGGAACCGUGGACACGGAUACUCUAGAGAACUCCGGGUAUCCUGAAAAAUACAGUAAACCUGUCAAUACAAUCUAUACUUUACUUCCUGCUCCGUGUAUAGAAUUACACAGCUGAGAAUAGGACGGAUUAUCUACUGGAUAAAUUAUAUGAAAACCUACAGCUGGACUUUCUAACAUGCCUUCUAACUCUGUUACAAGAUUCACCAAAACUGCCUUCAACCGCCUUUAACACUGAAAAUAUAUUCGUUCCAGGUCGGAAGCUAUAUCCGUGUAUCCGGAUAUCUUCUGUUCUUUUCAUAUCCCGGAAAACCUGAACCCUCCCAGAGAAUCUUGGAUUCCAAGAACCGGUAUAAAGCCAAACCAAGCGACUUGGUUUUGUUUAUAUCCCCCUGGGCCCACACUAUACCAAUAGAUAGACCUUCAAGUCUUAUGCUUUCUCAAACUCAGGAAACCCUAUUCAGCUCCAGACUAGGACAAUCCUCUCUAAAUAUUAGAUUAGCUAAGAUCGUAGUCUUCACCCCAAUAAGUUCCCCCAUCUGCAUCCUGGAUAAAUAGAUACCUGGAGAACCUUAACAUAACCAUCAAGAGAAACCAAAUCUUUUCUUCUUCUCCAGGUACAAUUAGGUACUGGAGUAAAUCAAAUUUUCCACUGUGGGUUGUAAACCCCAAGUAUCCGUAUACUCCUGUCAGCACAAACAUCCAGAAUAUCCAGAAUUAAGAGUCAGCAUAUCUUCAUUUUCACUUCUCAUCAUAUUUUAUCCUCGCGGAUGUAUGUAUUGUAUGUAUAACUAAUAUAUGCUCCUGAUCUUAAUCAACUGUAUCUUAGGGAUAAAGAUACUUACUUUAGAAGAAAUAUCUAAUACCAGGAAAAUGUUCACAUAAUCUCAAGAAUAUCAAGAAUCUUCUGAACCUUAUCCAGCAGAACAUUUUUUAUCACAAAUGAAUCUUCAAAGUUUCUCUGGACAGACGGGAGGAAAGGAUAUCUCUGCUCUACUUAAUAAACCGGAUUCAGCUUGUUUCCCUCACAAGAUCAGAAAAACCCUCAGCUGUUUCAACUCAAACCCUAUCAAAAAUGUCCUUCAGAGUAUCUCCGACUGUCUACUUGAAACACAACCUUGUUUUAUAAAAUUCUCUGAUGUCUUCCAAUAUCGGAGUGCUGAACCCUGCUGUAGACAGCUCCAUGAUGUACUUCGCUAUCAAUGUCAACUUCCUUUGGCUAUACUCGGCUGUUGGUUUAUCAAUGAAUUCUGUUCCAUGCUGUCAUGCUUUGCUUCAUCGCUUACAAUCCUCCGAUGUUUCCUUCAAGUUCCUUUGAAAAACCUCAGACCAACAGCGGAGUACCCCGUACUCGGGUUCUCUCUUCUUAUGUACCCCGCUGUCAGAUCAAUAUCUCCAACAAUGUGCCCCGCUGUCGGUUCUUUACUCUACCAAUAUGCCGAUGUCGAUAUCGCUGUCGGUUCAUCUCUACACCGAUGUACAGAUUUUAUCUCACUGUCAAGAUCUUCUCUCCACCGAUGUACAGAUUUUAUCUCACUGUCAAGAUCUUCUCUCCACCGAUGUACAGAUUUUAUCUCACUGUCAAGAUCUUCUCUACACCGAUGUACCCAAGUCUCGGUUCUUCUCAUCCUCGAUGUACCCCUCUGUCGGUGUACACCACAGGCCAUUAUGAGUUAUUCCAUAAGGCACGCGGUGAAUGCCAACAGCGAGGUUACUCACUCUUCAAAAACUGGUUUGUUUUGUUUGUUUUUCUUUUUGAGCAGAUUUUAUUAUUGUAACCGUUCUCGGCAUGGCAUUCCGAUUGUGGCCUUCCCUAUUGUACCCUUAACCCUACACAAAAACAAACGUGAGCAUGCCGAAAGCUUAAAAAUCGUGCAUUUUUAUGUAAAAAUAUUUUCCGAUAUUUCUGGUCCAGAUUAUUUAUCAGUUUCUUCAGCUUUGUAAAUAUCUUUAAAAUAUUCAAUUUUAAAUUCCGAUAUAUGAUGUUAAAGAUUGGAAAUUUUAUCUAUAGAAGGACCGAACUUGUCUAGUUUAUCUAUGGUAGGACCGGACAUGUCUUGGUCCAAACAAACCUGUAUUUGCUCAGAAUUCAUCUCUUUGCAUCUCCAAGACCACAUCUUCUCUCAUGGUUUAUCCAUACUAUAAGCUCCAGGGGGAGUAGGGUUUAAUUAUUUAUAGAGGUUACAGAACAACUAUAUUGAAUUACUGGGAACAGGUUAGGAAACUUCUCCUUGGUUAUCAUUAUACUUUACAGAUUUUUACUUCUCUAGGAUAUCCGUCCUUGUUUAUCAUUAUACUUAACAGAUUCUUACUUCUCUGGGAUAUCCGUCAUUGUUUAUCAUUAUACUUUACAGAUUUUACUUCUCUAGGAUAUCCGUCCUUGUUUAUCAUUAUACUUUACAGAUUUUACUUCUCUAG